AUGGCUAUCGCUCCCUUCCGAUGUGCGCGCUGCGGCCACGUGCUGCGCUCCCGAGCCUUGCCUGUUUCCUCAGCCCCUCAAUCGCUCCGUAACUUUUCACAAUCUUCCCCUUGGCAUGACCCCUCCAACGAGUCUUCCUCAUCCCAGUCCUCCAAACCAGAUGAGAAUCCCACAGGGAAAACCGAGUCGCAAGCUAUAUCGAAAGAUACUCAACCCAAAACUUCCGAUCCCCCCGACCCCGAACCCGGCGCAAUGACCCGCCUCCUCGAACAAGCAACCGAAGACGCCCUUUUCUUCGGCGGCCGGGCCGGCCGCCGCGCCAUCGAAGAAGCCGGCUUCAGCGACGAGCUCAAAGCCAAGCUCCUUGAAAAGGUCGCCGCAGCCUCCUUCAACGCCGAGCACUCUGCCGCGCUGACGCAAGCCGGCCUGGGCUCCUCCAAGAUCCCUUCCUCAGCAGGACAGGGCACGCGCGCCACGGCGACGAGCAAGCCCUGGACGGGGGAGGAAGAGAUGGGGGAUGCGGUGUUGAGGAUGUUAGAUGAUGCUAGGAAACCGUUGAGCGCGGAAUUGAGGGGAAAGGCUGCGCCGCCGCCACCGGUGGAUAUGAGGAUACGGGGGGCGGGGAACGUGAGUCCUGGGUUAAGGGCUGCCAACGCGAGGGAAAGGGCACAGGCUUAUGCGAGUAUGGGGAUGGGGAAGGACACAGGCCUGACGGAGGAUGAGAAGGAGGCGUUGAAGAGGGAGUUUAGAGAGAGGUUUAGUCCGGGGUAUAGGGCGCUGCCGAACUCGAUCUCGGGUUUGGCAGCGCUGGCGAAUGAAAGGAUUGAAGAUGCGAUGGCGAGGGGUCAAUUUAAAAAUAUUCCACGUGGACCGGGGGUUGAGAGAGAUACGCGGGCGGAUAACCCUUUUAUUGAUACUACUGAGUACAUCAUGAACAAGAUGAUCAAACGGCAAGACCUCGUUCCCCCCUGGAUCGACAAACAACAGGAACUUGUCCGCGCUGCCGAGGACUUCCGCAAGCGCAUCCGCACCGAAUGGAAGCGCCACGCCAUCCGCCUAAUAACGAGCCGCGGCGGCAGCUUAGAAGACAAAAUUUCCCGCGCAAAAGCCUAUGCCCGUGCCGAAGAGCUGCACAACCCCUCCCGCCGCAAAAUCGACCAGAUAUCUGUCCCCUCUAACACGACGGAUGACAGCCUCAAGCUGCAUCAAUCUGCUUCUAGUAGCUCUGCCUCUCAACCAUCCUCAUCAACUGACGAUGCAGCUACUGCCCUGAGACCCCUGCGUGACCCCCAAUGGGAGCGCUCCCAACGCUCCUACAUGGAGCUCACCAUCACUCAUCUCAAUUCGCUCACACGUUCUUAUAACCUCAUGGCUCCUGAGCUUGCAAAGAAGCCAUAUUUCUCCCUCGAGCGUGAGCUCAGUGGAUGUUAUGCUGAUGUAGCGCCUCUCUUGGCAGACGAGAUUCGGACGCAGGCGUUGAGACCGAAGGAGAGUUCUGGAGGAUUUGGAGGGGGCGGUGGGGGGUUGUUGGGGCUUUUUGGAGGUGGGGGAGGACUGAGUGGGACUGGUGGAGGAGGAGUUACGGGUGAGGAGGGGAAGGAGAAGCAGUAUGGGCUCAGGGAGUUGUGGAGGGAUCUGUGGAAGAAAGGGUAA